UUUUUUGUUACAGAUUAACCUGAUACAGGUGACACCUUUAAUUAUAUUGAAACAGCGGCACAUCAAAACAUAUCUUUGAGUGUUAUAUUGCUACUGAGGUCUUUGUCCUGUGACAGAUUACAUUAUCACGUUUUUCAUUUUCAAAGUAUCAUUUUCAUGUUGUUAAACUACUGAUAAGAUUUCAAACUUUUGUUCAAACACUGAUCAAACUAUUACAGUAAAAUGACAUUGGUGUUGGUGUGCAGCAUAACAAAUGCAAAUGCAAGAUAAAUAAUAAAAAGUACUAGUCUAAACGCUCCACUGCAGCCUCAAUAAAGCGCAUUAUCGUAUGGAUUCCAGUUAUCAACGAUUUAGAAAAAAUUAAAAGGUACAGGAUAAAUUUUUAAAAAGUGUUUAAUUACCAGUAAUUACUAUUGAAACCUACAUUAAAUAUGCAUCUGGAGUAUUUGAACCAUUCUGAUUAGGGCACCUAUCACUGAUCUAUAUAGAUCAGUGGCACCUAUGCUAUGAAAAAUAACAGUGAGAGGGCGCUAUUUUCAAACACGCAUCUUCAGUCUCUUAGCAACGUGUUUGUUUGUGGGCUUCCCUCGUUUUGUGACAUCCAGUACGUCGAUUAUAUUCGUUAUAUCGAUUUGAUGUGGUGGUGAUACACAAUGAAUGCAGUUGAGCAUUUGUCAGACCGAGUUGAAGCUGUUCAACUUGACAGAAGGAGAAACAUGGAGUUACAACGCAGGGAGAGGGUCUUCAAUGACACAUUCCGCACGAUUGGAGUUGACAAGGAUGCUCUCGACCACCAAGUUAAAGAACGAAGAGAGAAAAAACAACGCCAAGCGAAUGAACUGAAAGUCUAUACUGAUGAGCUGCUGUGCAGUGAUCGUGCAGCCUGUAUCCUGGAGCAGCGUCAGAAGAAAGAUGAGCACCUGCUGAAUGAAGCCAUUGUGCAAUUCAGACAACAGUUUCAACAACCUGCUAGCCGGCGUGAGUUUGAUCUGAAUGAUCCAGAGCUGCUGAAGAAGCAGGAAGGGGUGCGGAUGCUGCCGGGGCUGGCUGGAGAAGAUCUGGCCCAGAAGGACAGGCUGAGGAAGCAGCAGGAGCAGCUCAGAGCAUGGUCCCUACGACAGCGAGACGAACUAGAGCGAGCAAAACACGGGUUACAACAAGAGAUGCACCAAUAUGCUCAAAGCAGUCUGGCUCUGGACACCCGAGCUCUUGAAUUGCAGAAGAUGGAGGAACAAAGCAAGAGAGCUGCAGCCAUCACCGCCAAAGACUUUAACCUUGCACUGGCUGCAGAAAUCACACACCGACAUCUACAAGAGCAUCAUGAAGAGGAGGAAAACAACCAGACGGACAUCCUGAACCAGCUAAAUGGAGACCUGCUGAUGGAAAACCCUGAGCAGAAUAUUAGCGUGCUGGGUCUGUCUCGCCUGCGCAGGGACUGUUACAAGGGAAUGAGUCCUAAAGAGCUCCAGCAGUACAUGCAAUACCAGCUGCAGCAAGCAGAAGAUGGAAAGCGUGCCGUCAUGGAGCAACGAGAGAAGGAGCUUCAGGAGCAUCAUGAGCGCAUGACAUCUGCCCGUGCUGCAUUGCUGCUAGAAAGACAGCAAGCACGUAUUAAUAAGGAGCUGCGCAGGGCAAUGGACAACACCAAUGCACAGCUGGCCCAGGCCCAUGAUGCUCAGAAUAACCAUCUACAGGAUGUGUACAGCAACAUUCCCGAUGAGCGCUAUUUUUCCCAGUUUAAUACCAGCAGUAGAUAAACAUCUACAGCUGGAACCUGAAAGAUGAAGACCAUCAGGGCUCGCUAAUCGAGGACAAUACACUAUAUCAUUUUACAGUAAACACCUAAGCUUUAAAUAGACCCGGGACUCCACUUGAAGUGUUUCGGAAAGCUGCACAAUUUUUAAUAGGUCAGUAAAGAUGGCAGAUGGAGUUGUAACACUUGUUUUUUAAAACAUUCAUGUUGUAAACAAAAAUGAGCUGCAUAUUCAUAAACAACUGAAAUCAG